AUGCUCUCUACUCGCUUCUUGAUCUUCGCUAUAGUUGUCGUUGCCGCCAAUACCGCUCGUGCUGAGACGCACACAGUGACUUUCACCAACAAAUGCGGUUUGGGUACUCCUACGCUUAUUCAGGGCGGUAAAGUUUUGUCCACCGGCAGUCCGUUUACGAGCAGUGGUCCGCUGUCGAGCGCAAUUGCGUACCUACAGACUGGCUCGUGUGGAUUCAAUGGGGAGUCGUGCACUCUGAUUGAGACUACUCUUGUGAACCCCACGGUGCCCGGUGGAGGCUCGAGCACCGAUAUCUCGCUCAUCGCGCCGCAUACUUUCAGUGUCACUACUGGCUUUGGGUACUACAACGGUUGCAAUGGUGCCGGUGCCGACUGCACGAACGCGAACUGCCCGACGGCAUUCCAUAACCCCAACGACAACCAGGUCCAAGUUUCCUGCCAAACUGACAAUGUCAACCUCGCGAUCACAUUCUGCGACUAA